CUCCCCCAACAGCCCGUCUCCACUCUCCGAAACCCCACCCAAAUCCGUAGACGGCGAACAUGGGCCGCCGCCGCCGCCAACCAUCCUCGCCGUCGCCGGCGGCCGAGCAUCCGCUGGAAGACGACGACCUACUGCGCGAGAUCCUCCUCCGUCUACCCCCACAGCCGCCCUACCUCCUGCGCGCCUCCCUCGUCGCCAAGCGCUGGCAACACAUCGCCACCGAACCCAAGUUUCUCCGCCGCUUCCGCAUCCACCACCGGAAGCCUCCCCUCCUUGGGGACUUCUCGUAUGAGUACGGAAGACUCUCGUUCAGAUCCACCCUGGACCUGCCCUACCGCAUCCCUCCCGGCCACUUCUCCCUACAACUACAAGUCCACGGCCGCGAUCCAUGGAGGUUGGUCGACUGCCGCCACGGAAGCGUGCUCCUCCUCAACAGGGAGAGGCGUCAGGUCAUUGUGUGGGACCCCGUGACUGGCGACCGCUCCCUCUUGUCGGUUCCGACGGAGUUUGAAGACAUGCAUACCGCGGCGGUGCUCUGCGCUGCCGGCGAGCAGGGCCACGCGCAUGGUGCCUGCCACUCGAGCCCUUUCAAAGUGGUCGUGGUGGACAGCUACGAGCAUGAUAAUGAAGCCGUCGCCUUCACAAGUGUUUACUGCUCAGAGACUGGCGUAUGGAGUGAUCUCCUCUCAACACCGCUUCCAUAUAGGGGUAUUACUGUUGUUAAUGCCGGCACACUUGUUGGUAACACCCUUCACUGGUUGCUUAAGAUGCAUAGCGGCAUAUCAAGAUGGGAAUGGGUCGACCCGGCCCUGGCCUUGGACCCGGCCCUGGUGGCCUCAGGGCCAACUUAAGAGGCCACGGGUCGACCCAUAUCGUGAAUAGUAGUGGCCUUGUUGGCCCGAUGGGUAUUUCGGGUCGACCCAAUUAUUAGUGACGUGUGCUGCUCUUUUUUUGUGAUAUGCUGAUAGCUAAAAUCCUAAUAGAGUAGUAAUCUAGGAAUAGAAGAAAAAAAUUAUACGGAGAUUCAAGUGGUCUAGCUACUGCAUCUGUUCAUUGUACAUGCAUACAUUACCUAGACCAUAGUAAGCUCGUGUGUUUGUUUCCAGGCAUUGUACAGAGAUGCAUCCAUGCGGGUGAAUUGUGUCUAGCCAUCGGAUGCCGCUAGUACUACUAGUUGACAUCAGACUGACGCUCUACCUAGUCUCAAAUUUACACUAGAGAGCUGGACGGCGCACGGAGGACGGGCUAACGGUGAGCUGGAUAAUGAGCUGGACAUGACUGGGACGAUGAGCGGGAGGCAGCACCACCGGCACGGCAGAGAUCGGCGAGGGCGAUGAUUGGGACAUAGCUGUCGUGAGAAUAGAGACCACGAGGUGGGCCGAUCCCGCUGACCCAACGGGUCACUUGGUGCCGGCUCUACUGACCCAGAAAAAUUUGAGGGUCGACCCAUGUGACCCAUCGGCCUCUAAUUUUUGGAUCGGGUCGGCGACCCAGCGGGCCGACCCGGCCCGUUCCCAUUUUGAGCGGCAUACUUGAGUUUGAUUUGUAUAGACAGACGCUAACUGUGAUCCAUAGGCCACCUGAUGCUUAUUACGGUGACAGUGUUCAGAUCAUCAAGGUAGAUGAUGGCGGUGUUGGCUUCUCUGCUUUGUCGUGCACCCGCUGCCCGUUUCCCUGCCACUACCAACCCUGUUUCCGAAUGUGGGAUAGGAAGGUCAAUUGCAAUGGGGUUGCCGUUUGGGUGUUGAGGAAAUCCAUUGAACUGCAGAAGCUACUUGGGUUGGAGUUUAAGAUUGACAAGGCGAGGGCACGUAUAGUGCGUUAUGCUGAGGAUGUUCAUGCAUUACUUUUAUGGGUGCACUUAUCUCUCUUCAUGGUUCAGCUUGAGUCAAUGCAGCCCAAGAAGCUUUUUAAAAGCGACAACGUGUACUCCUAUUAUCCUUUCACAAGUUUCUAUGAUGAAGGUAUCAGUAGCUUGAAGCAGAAGUAGUUUAGUGGUAAACUGCAAUAUGGAAUGCUGACUCUUGUGGGAGUGACUAUGACCAUCUAUCGUAGUUGUCAACUUGCUUGACUUUGGAGAAACUAUCUGUUGCUCUGGUGUUAUUUCCAGCAAUCCUAUGUAAUCGUCAACUGAACUCUGAAAUGCCUGGAUCUAUUCGGCAGUAUUGAAUUGAAUUUUUU